GUUGCUGCUUCUACUUCUAGGAAGCUUCAUCUCACCAUUUACGUCGUCAACACCGUCGGCUACCUUGCUCCGCCGUACCGGAAUUCACUUGAGUUUUUUUUAUAUUAUAAAAUGUUGACCCAUGGACUCACUUGACCUGGGUUGACUCGGUUUCACCAGGCCAGCCACUUCUUUAUAUAACGCUACUCACCACCCCUUUCAUAACCAUAAUCUUCUUCUCUUUCAUCCUCACACAGAUCUCUUCACUUCCAACACAUAAAAAACAACAUGAAGAAAGUUGUGCUGAAAUUGGACUUCUUGGAUGAGAGAGUGAAACAAAAGGCCAUGAAAAACGUCUCCAGUCUCCCAGGUGUGGAUUCAAUCGCCAUGGACAUGAAAGACAAGAAACUGACUGUAACAGGGGAUGUAGAUCCAGUUACAGUUGUGUCCAAACUCAGAAAGAUUUGUCAUACAGAGAUUGUAUCAGUAGGCCCAUCAAAGGAGCCGGAGAAGAAGAAGGAGGACGGCGGAGCCGGCGGCGGCGGUGGUGGUGGUGAUAAGAAGAAAGAAGAUGAGAAAAAGAAAGCAGAUGAGAAGAAGAAAGAAGAAGAGAAAAAGAAAGCAGAGGAAGCUUGGAAACACUUAUAUCAACAUCAACCAUAUCCAUACUACAAUUAUCAACAGCAGCAGCAACCAUAUUAUCAGUACAAUCAUCCACCAACACCAUAUUACUCAAAAGUUGUUCAUGAUGAGACCCCCAAUUGUGUGAUUUGCUAAUCAAGCAAUCAUCAGAUGAUCAAAAUCUCUUCAGAGGCAGAAGGGGAUUACUGCUGAAAUCAAGAAACCAGAUCUUGGAGAUUGAGGGAGUGAGAAAAUUUGCAGUUCUUUUGUUUAAUUAAUGUAAAUCAUUUCUUAAUUAUAGUAAUUGGGGUUAAGAGGAUAUUAUUAAGAUAUAUAUUGUUUUUGUCAGAUCAAGAAUCUUUGAGUCCAGAGUAGUCAUGCAGUAGUGACUUGUGCAUAUAUGCAUUCAGAGUUGUAUGUUGUUCUGGAUAUGAUAGUUUUGUCUCUACAGAAAUGAGUUGCCUUUUUCUGCU